GAUGGCCUUUCUAAGGAAGAACGCCAGAAGCGUUACGAAAAGAAGGCAUGCCUCCAAUGCAGUGAAGUAGGACACUUCCGCAGAGAUUGCCCAAAAAACGAAGUCAGGCAAGGUCAAAUCAAGAUCGGGAUGAUCAGGAGUGGGACGCCUUACCCACCAGUCACGGAACCCGACGACAGCCUUAGUGACUUGGACUUGUACGAGGAGGCGCGCCAAGAGAGCGACGAGGCCUUCGAGAUGGUACAAGAAGCUUUAGGAGCCAAGAAUGUCCAAUGGGACAUACCACAAGAAACAGAUUGGAAGAUUGACGGGGCUGAGAUUCAGAGCCGCCUAAGGAAUCACCAAUGCUGGGUCUGCGGAGACGCCGCACACCAGGCAGACGAUUGCCAUCAGCGGGGACGUAUCGCGAUUACGGGCCCUAACGCUGAAGAGAUCGGGUAUCAAGCGAUUCACGAACAACCACGCUUCGAGAGCCCCAAAGCUCAAAUUGAGGAACGAAACCCUUACUUGUUUAAGGCACGCAUGACGCAACACAAAGAUUUGCACUAG